UCUUUUAGAUCUAGUCAACCCGCCGGCAACUACUUCCAGGGCAAUGGAUCUAUCCCUUCCUUGCGUUGGAGGUCCCCAGAAUGCCCUUCACCUGCGACCAUGAAGGCUGCGGCCGCUCCUAUCUUCGUAAGGAACACCUCACACGCCACAAAAAAGAGCACUCUGCAACGCCUUCAUUUUCCUGUCCAUCAUGCGGUACCAAGUUUACAAGAGGCCCCGCCAACCCGCGUAGCACAAGCCUGCGUUCCAUGCCACCGGACAAAGACCAGAUGCGAUGGUCAGCAACCCACCUGCUCAACAUGCAAUGACAAGGGGAAAUCGUGCGAAUGGCCCCAGCCGCGCGGCGGCAGCAAGUCGCUGACGGACCGAUCUUCCUCUUCGCCGUCCAGCUCCUCCGGCCUACCGACCUCGGGCUGCACGCCGCCCUCGAACUCCAUGGCCUUGCCCGACCACGGCGGCCAUCCGAUGACAGCGCCGAGCAUGCAGCAUCAGCAUCAGCAUCCGCAUCAUCCGCCCACCGGCAUGACUACUACCUCGCAUGCGAUGAUGUCGGCUGGUCCCAUGCCGAUGACGACGAUGUCCGACACCCUCGACUUCACCCCGGGAUCCAUCCUAGAUGAGGCCAUGAGGCUCCAGCUGCAGAGCAUCUACUUCGCCAAGUUCCAUCCCCAAUGGCCGCUGCUGCACCGGGAGACGUUCGAGACUACGGCGCAACCCAAGUUGUUGAUGCAGGCCGUGAUGACGGUUGGACUAUGGUUUGCUUCGUGGCCUGACGCCAGGGGCUUGGCCAUCAAGUUCCACGAUAGCCUCCUGGUAGAAACAGGAAACAAGCUUCUUGAUCUAUUAGAGCAGUCAAGACAAGGCAUGCUCUCGCCACGGAUGGAUUUGCUCCCAGUUUUCCAGUCCAUGCUGAUCUCGACAAUACUCGUGCCGUAUCGAGCGGACCAGUCCAUGGACAACGUGAUGAUGACGCACUCCAUGUUGCUCGAGACGUUUAAAGCUACGGGAGUAUACGAGCAGUCAAAGAUCAAUCUAGGGUCGCAGCUCUGUGGGCAUAGUGGAUACCCUUGGAUCUUUAAAGAGUUAUAUCAACGUCUCGCUGUCUUCCAGUUCAAACUACAUCUAAUUCUCCAAACAAUAUUCAUCACAAUACAUCCCGCCUUGCGUCUGUCCCGCAACGCAGAGCCUGGCAUGCUGAGGAUAAAAAUACCGCUACCGCUGAUGAUGUGGGAUGGGCCCGCGGCGCACUGGUAUGGCAUGGUGCCGACGGAUCCCGCGCUGCUCGACGCGAAUACCGGCGACGAAGAAGUGCUAAUGAUUAGCAAAAUGUGCGAAAAGGCGAGCCUCACGAUGGACAAUAAGGCACUUGUCCCCUUGCUCUCCUGGGAUCGGUGUUUGGGUAUGGCGAUUUGGUGUUGGUGUUUACGGGGGUCUGAGACCGACAAGGAGUUUAUAGAGAACGUGAAGCCAUUUGUUCUCGAUCCGUUGAAGGAUACGAAUGUUUUCCCAGGUUCUGGCUAG